AUGUCGAGUAAAGAAGAGGUGGCAGAGCUUAUGGCACACGGCGAUGCCGAAACAAAAAUAUCGUUAUUAAAGAAAGCUGUUGUAAGUGUGACGAAGCAAAAACAACUCCUCGAGGUUCACAACAAACAGUUACAGGAUCAGAUGGUUGCUAUUGGUGAAGAACUUUCGCAUGUACAGGAAGAAAAUAAGACACUUACACGUAAACUUAAGAAAGUGGAAGCGGAAUUAGAAACUGAACGAAAGCGUGGACACUUUGGUGCUUCUGUAAAGACAACGUGGAAAGGGAUUUCUUCCUUUGUGACUGGUGCUGAUGGUGAAAGUCAGUCUUCUAGUUCUGGAGCAAAGGGUUCAAAAAGCACUGCAAUUCCCAUGAAUUUAUCUGCAGAAGAUCAAGAGAAAAUAAUAUCAGAAAAUGAGCACAUUCAUAUGCAGUUGUUUGAUCUUAAGACGAAGUAUGAGGAUGAACAACGAAAGUGGAUGACAGAAAAUGAACGUCUCACCUCUGAACUAUCUGUGUUUCAGGCAGAGGUAGCGGAACUGCGAAGUCUUCUUGAUUCUACGGCGCACGCAUGUGAUCAUUGGAGUGUAGAGUGUACUAGACAAGCAGCAAUGGCACAAUUUUGCCACCAUUUCUUUGUUUUGGCUUGGGAUAUUGAUAAACAACGUAAAAAACAAAAAGAAGAAGAAAAAGGAAAAGGACAAGAGGAAGAAAAACGACUUUGUGUUGUUAUCUCUCCUUAUUUAAUGAGAAACCGAGGAGGGGUACCACCACAAGAAAUUCGUGAGGAACUUGCAAUAGGUACACUAAACAAUGUUAGUAGUUUUCUUCGUACAUUGAUGAGUGGUGUUUCUGUUCUAGUGGCUUCUCUUCGGGAUUCCUUUGGUCCUCAUGUAAAGGGAGCUACACUUAGUGAUAUUCGUUGCUAUCGGGAUCGUUUAAGUGCAUUAUUGGAAGCACAUGGUACAAAGAAAGCAACACUUCUCUUUCAUGUAAAACAAAUGGAGGAUUCAUUUACGGCUUCAGUAACACCUGACGAAAAGUUAAUGCAUAUGCUGCAAACACAGACUAUUCUAUUUUCAAGUCUGGAUGAGUGGUUAGUACUAAUGUGUGAGCAUAUUCGACUUCUUGUGGACGCUUCUGUUUCCACUGGAAAUAAUAUUACUAGCAACAGUAGCAAUAAUGAAAAUAAUGAUGUGAUAAAUCACAAACAGACUUUUAUUGAAUCUACUAUAAGUGCUGCUAUUUACGCAGUUGCAUCUAUUCGUGGAUCUCUUACAGCAGUGAAUCAACUCUGUAGUGACUCACAUGAAUUGUUGAGACGAGAGAGAUGUGACUCAGCGGAGUGGUUACUCGCACUAGAGCGUUUUUGGUGGGAAGGAUGUAGUGCCUCUACAUCCCUACAGCAGGCAAUAGCCACAUUUACACAACUUGUACAAGACUUAUUAACAACUAUUACUAGCGAUCCUAUUCGAACUGCUUUGCAAUUUAUUUGUAAGUCACUUGGAUCACUUACAACGCAUACGAAGAAGGAUAAACUAAAAGAAGUCUCAUCACAGGAACGAGCGGUGAUACUAUCACCUGUAGAAAUUUUCGCUUCUGAAGGACUUGGCUCAGCAGAUAAUAAGGAGCUUGUGGACACACUGGCGGCAGCAGAUCGUGCUGCCAUUUGCUUUCACACACAAAUGAACUUAACAUUACUAGAGUUAGCUGAGAAACAGGAGGCGUUGAUAAACGCCCAACAGGAGGUACAACGACUGGAAUAUCUCAAUCGACAAAAGACAGAUGAUGCGGAACGUAUGCGUGAGGCACUGGAAGAACAAAUUCGUCUAUUAUCAGAGCAACUUGUUAUGUACACUGAAAGCAGCACUAUCAACAGUAGAUAA